AUGCAAUUCUUCAAAACACUUGCGACAUUGGUGACGUGCAUGUCAUUUGCCCUCGCUUACGUGGCACAAGAUCUUCAUGUAUCAUUCCCCUCUAAUAAGGGGAAGACCAGCGUUAUGAUCGGUAAAGUUGGGCCUGAACUUGGAGUGGAUGAAGCCACUCCAACGUUAGUCACCGUCAAUAACCCUAAUGAAGUCAUUCAAAUAAAUUUUGCCGUUGACUCCAGUGACAAGCCCUUUCAGAACACCCUGUUGGUAGGCCUACCUAGCAGCAACCUAGAAAUGGUUUUCGAACCCGAAAUUAAGGAUAACGGCAAGUUGUCCAUGUAUAAGUACAAGAUAGAUUUAGCCACGCUAGACGCUGCCUUGUUACAAGAAGCUUUCAAGAUUCUGGAACCAGUGAAGGCAACUUUGAUCCUAGCAUCCUCUACAGCCGAAGCGAAGGACAAUUUGUUCAGGGAAAUCUUACAGCUGGACUUGGAUUUUGAUGUAGCUCCUUCAGAUUCAUCUUUAGUUGAUAGGUUCGCCAUCAAGCCAGAAAUCCAUCACGUAUUUCACCCUGAGCCAAAAAGAGUCGCAAAGACAAUUGCUGUAAUUUUCGUUGCAAUUAUCAUCGUCACUAUAUUAUCAUUGCUCGUUACGUGGUUGAACUCUUGUGCUGCUGCAUUCGAUAAUAUUCCAGCCGGUGCCAAUGCUCUAUAUUUCUUAGGUUUCAUCGCGACCAUUGUUGGAUUCGAAGUCAUCUUUGCCAGGUAUUAUUUAGGCACAAGCAUUUUUGAAACUUUAUUUUCCUCUUUGUAUUUGGGUGCUCCGGGCUUAUUGGCCUCUACCAAAUUCUUGAGAUCCUUUGGCCAAACAAUCUAG